ACAUACAUAUGUACAUAUACAUAGCUUAGAGUGGUCCACUUUACUUUCGGGUGGACUUAUGUGUAACAAAAAAAUACCAUUAAAAACCAUAUACAGACUCACUGGAAAUUUGAUGCCCUGCCAGAUUUUUGUUUACUCUUUGUUAUUUGGCGCUAUGAAUCUUAUGUAUAUUCAGCAUUAAUUUGUGGCCUCUUUUGAGGUCUGGUAACCGUUUGAGAGUCCUCUACUCAUGGAGCCUCAGUUCGUUUUUCUAAGCUGCAGAAAAAAGACCAACGCUGGGGUCAAAAAUACUAUGAUAUAAGAUAUUAUUUAUGGUACCUAAAACCAAUAAAAGGUAUAAAUCUAACAAAUAGAUGCUCCAAACAUAGCGUUAAGUAUUUGUUAUUAUAAUAUAUUGUAGAUCUUAACAUGUUCCACUCCAAGUAUGAGUACUCCUUCAUGUUCGAGUGCUCCGGAUGCGGAAGUAAAUUCCUAGGAAUGCCCUACGACGGCGAGUUCGAGACAAUGUGGCAACAGAUCGGUGAAGAACUCCGUUCCAGACAUAAUCGGUUCCUGGACAUGCCGUUCGAUAGUGGAUUUGAACGGAUGUGGCGGCAGGUCAGAGAGGAACUGCAACGGGAACGGGAAGAUAACCAAUUGGCACUCUGUUUCCAGCGGAAUUUGACCCUCUACGGAAAGGAGGAAGGGGAAGUCGGCCAACUUGAGACUUUUAUUGAACGCAGAUAAAACAUAUUCAAUUUUAUUGAAAGGCAUGUUAUUGUUUAAAAUACGUAUGUAUGUCUAUUAAGUAUGCAUUGUCAAGAUUACGAUCGGUUUGGUUAAAAUAAUUUAUUGUUCUCGGAAUUGGUUUCAAUGUCGAAUAGGUCAAGCAGUGACUUGCCAUCGAUUGGAAAAAGAUAAUAAAAAAGCCUUAAAAUA